ACCUGCUCAACAUGGACCAAGCCAUGGACAUUAAUGCGUUCGAGGGCCGUAUCGUAAAGAUGGAGGUCGACUAUAGUGCGACCUGUGACGAAAAGAUUCCGCUCUGCAAAGAGAUGGCAAAGGACGAGAACAAGUUUAACGAGGCGCUUGAAAUAUUGCUUCAGCUCGAAAAGCAAACGCGCAUCGGUGCCGAUAUGGUGUCGAGCGCUCGCGUACUCAUUGCCAUCGUGCAGAUUUGCUUCGAGGCACGCAACUGGAACUAUCUGAACGAGUACGUCACGAUACUGGUCAAGCGCCGGUCACAGUCGAAGCAGGCGGUAGCAAAAAUGAUCCAGGAAUGUUGCACAUACGUGGACCAAACGCCCGACAAGGAAACGAAGUUAAAGCUGAUCGAUACGCUACGUACGGUUACGGAGGGUAAGAUUUACGUCGAGGUGGAACGUGCCCGGUUAACGAAGAUGCUAGCUGACAUUCGGGAGGCGGAUGGGGAUGUUACCGGUGCGGCCACUAUCAUGGAAGAGCUGCAGGUGGAAACGUACGGUACGAUGGAUAAGCGCGAAAAGGUGGAACUGAUCCUGGAACAGAUGCGGCUCUGUUUGGCCAAGCAGGACUUUGUCCGUACGCAGAUCAUCGCAAAGAAGAUUAACAUAAAGUUCUUCAACGAUGCCGAGCAGCAGGAUUUAAAGCUCAAAUACUACGAUCUGAUGAUACGGUUGGAUAAGGAUUCGUCGUUUAUCAAAACUUCGCGCCACUACCUGGCUGUGGUAGAUUCGGACAUGAUUGCACAGGAAACAGAACGGCGACAAAAGAUGAUGAUCUAUGCGGUGCUGUACUGCAUUCUUUCGCCGUACGAUAACGAGCAGGUGGAUAUGAUGCACAAUCUGUCCAAGAACAAGCUGCUCGAGGAGCUACCGGUGUACAAAGAGCUGCUGCGUUUGUUCAUGUGCAAAGAGCUGAUCAAUUUCGAUGCCCUCUGCACGGUGUACGGGGCCGAGCUGAACACUUUCGAUAUCUUCAACCAGGAAACGAGCCACGGCAAGAAGUGUUGGGCCGAGCUGAAGAAUCGUCUCAUCGAGCAUAAUGUGCGCAUCAUUUCGAACUAUUACACGCGCAUCAACUUGAAGCGUAUGGCCGAACUGUUGGAUCUGAGCGAAGCUGAAUGCGAAGAGUAUCUGUCGCGGAUGGUAAACGCUGGCACGCUCAAGGUGAAAACGGACCGACCGGCGGGGAUUAUUCAUUUUUCGCAGAAAAAAUCCGCCUCAGAAGUGUUGAACGAAUGGGCCUUUGGGCUGAACGAGCUGAUGAACCUGGUGAACAAAACCUGCCACCUGAUCAACAAGGAGGAGUGCAUCAACAACGUGAUGCCGAUGCCGGUGGCUGCAUCCGGUACACCGUCAGCAACGUCGUGAGCGUGCUAGAGACUGAUGAACGCAUUAUC